GCUGAGGCCAGGCUGGCAGCAAAGAGGGCAGCCAGGGCAGAGGCCAGAGAAAUCCGCAUGAAGGAGCUGGAGCGACAACAGAAAGAGAAAUAUUAUGGCUUGAACACCAAACCAGAUGAUGGGGCGGACAGCAAAUGGGGAGAUAUUGAACAGUGGAUGGCCUCUUAUGCCUCCUCUGACUUGUACAGUCUCAAUGGUGUAUCUUCUUCAAGAAUUGUCGGCUCAACUUUUAAUGGUUAUCAGGUCUGUAUGGGGUACAGAAAACCGCUGAGCCCAGAUACAGAAACAUGCUCAAGGAUUAAGAAUUAUAUUUUUUAUUUCCCCUCACAGGUGGAGGACAGAGAAUUUCUUGAGAAGGGAUCUCGAGCAGCGUCCGCUUUAACAGCAGCAACCCUCACCUCUUUGGGUGGGACAUCUUCCCGGAGAGGAAGCGGAGAAACGGCUUUAACCGUGGAUGCUGAGGGCUCCAUUCGAGAGAUCAAAGAGAUACAUGAACUCAAGGAUCAAAUUCAAGAUGCGGAAACCAAGUACACGCAGAACCUAAAAGAAGUUAAGGAAGCUUUAGCAGAAGUGGAAGAGAAGUUUCGUAAGGCCAUGGUAUCCAAUGCUCAGCUGGAUAACGAGAAAAAUAACUUGAUGUAUCAGGUGGAUACACUUAAAGACUCACUCAUGGAGCUGGAGGAGAUGCUGUCUGAGUCUCGCCGGGAGUGUGAGGAGAAAGCCAAGGAACACGAACGAGAGAAACAUGCUCACAGCCUGCUUCAGUUUCAGUUCAAUGAAAUGAAAGAGACUUUAAAACAAAGCGAGGAGCUCCUAAACGAGAUCCGUCAGUUGCGUAUGAAGCAAGAUGCUUUUGUCAGAGAAAUAUCUGACCUGCAGGAGACUGUGGAGUGGAAGGAUAAAAAAAUCGGGGCUUUAGAGCGUCAGAAAGAGUACACAGAUCCUAUCCGAAUUGAACGAGAUGAGCUCAGAGAGGAGGUGGUGAAUCUCAAAGAUAUUCUAAAGACCAAAUCUGAUCGGGUCAAGUAUGUGGACGAUGAGCAAAAAGCUGAAGAAUUGAAUGCAGCAAAGCCAACGGAACCUGAUGAAAGUUGUUUUCACAAGGAAGUUCUCCAAGACCCAGUCAUGGAGCAAGUUUCAAAGAUUCGCCUGAGGAAACUGGUGGAUGAACGUGAAAAAAUGAUAGAGCAGAUAAAGAAGCUAAAGGCCCAGCUGGAACAGAAAGCACAGAAGAAUGGCACAGACGGCGGUUGUAGUCCAAAUGGGGCAAUUGUUGAAAAUGGCAAUGAUCCCAACUUAAUGGACCUGCAGAGUAAGUGUACAUAUGCUUGA